AUGGUGAACGCCAUAGAAGAUGUUUGUGAGGCAAACAAAACUAUGUCAAAGGAGAUGCGCAAGAAGCAAGAAGGCCCGCCUCAGAAUAAGGGAAAUCUUCAGAGUUCAGAUGUAAGUGAUUCCUUCUUGCAUUCGACAUUCAGACGCAGAGAUGGUAUUGGGAGCUUUAGUAAAAAUUUUAAUUUUUCUAAUAUCCCUCCACUUAACGCGGUAAAUAUGGAUAAGGGACGUCAAUCAGGUCCAAAAAUAAUAUCCGACUUUACUUUUCAAAAACCUCAGAAUUCAAAUAAUUCAGACGACAUUUUAAAUCGAUUGAAUAACACGGUGACGAACCUCGCGCGUUCAGUAGAUUCGGGAAAUAGAAGCAGAGUAAAGCCCUCGUUCGAAAGAAAAUAUAAAUUAACGCAAAAAGGUUCGUUUACCCUCUGGCUUGACUCUCUGACAAGUGAAUUAAGAACGAUUGACUAUAUAGAUGUUUUAAAAAAUAGUUGUGAUUUAGAAGAAACUUACGGUUUUUCAGAGUCGAAUAAAAGGAAAAUGCUUGUCAAAGAACUUAUAAUUAGCCAUUUAGAUGAGCACCAUCACAAGAAAGUGAUAAACAUUUCAGAGCCAAAAGAUAUUAUAUCUAAAAUCAAAGAGUUCCGAUUAGCAGAGACAAACGUCACAGCCUCGUCAGUCAAAGCGCGGUUAUAUAACCUCAAAAUUAAGACCAAUGAAUCUGCUUCAGAGUUCAUAGACCGUUUCGAUACAGUCGUGACGGAAUAUGAAAAUUACGGAGACAUGGUACCUCUCUCAGAGGAGGAAAAGCGAUCUGCCUUUUACCACGCCGUCUCAGAGAGAUACAAAGAAAUAAGAACCGCGAAUUCCAUCAUGCGCGUGACAACAAAAGCGGAAAUGUCUUUGGAUGAUAUAAAAGCGUAUUUAAUUAAUCUGCAAGUGGAGAAUAAUCAGAGUAUUAAUCAGUUUCAGAGAAAAACCACUUCAGAGGUCAGAGCAAAUGUGGUCACCAAGAGCACUGAGCCCAAGGCUGAAAAGUGCUUCAGAUGCAACCGGGAGGGUCACAGGGCUGCAGGUUGUCCCUUGAGAGAAUACAACCUGUGGUACUGUUUCUACUGCCAAGCAGUUAGAAACCACAAGGGCGACCAGUGUCCAAACAAGGACAAUCCGAAAGACGGGUAUGUAGGAAAAUUAAAUAAAAAUUUCAGAGAUAGGGAUGUUAAGAAGGAAAAAUCUCAGAGUAAAUUCAGAGAUAAUAGUAAAGUUAGCAAAAACCAGGCUAAGUCGAAAGCCUCUGGUAGUAAGGGCAAGAAGGCCCAAAAGAUAAAAGCUAUGCUAACAAGUGAAGAUUCCGGAGCAACCGAACACAUAGUCAGAAAAGGUUUUAUUUUAAAAGAUUUUAAAAAGAGUAACAGAGAAAUGAGAGUUAAACUGACUGGUGUGAUCGCUGCGAAGGAUAUCUCGCACAACCUGUUAUCCCUUAGACGCUUUGCGGAUGCAGGAUUAGGUAUAUAUUUAGAUGACACUAGACUGAAGAUUUUUGAUAGAGAAACAAAAGAGGAACUUUUGAUUGGCGAGUAUAAAAAGCCAAACUGGGUCAUAGAUUUAGAGGUGCAAUCAAACACAACUGGUUGUACAAAUCAGAGAAAUAUUUACUCAUGUACAGCACACAUGGUCAAUCUAGAAGAGUUCAUACAACAAUCUCAGACUGACAUUUCAGAGAUUCAAGAAGAAUUACAUUCAGACGUCGCGAUUGAGAUAAGAGAUUCCGAAAUAACGAAGUCAGAGAUUGGAAGGGAGAAAGAGUAUGAACUUAAUCCGGAAAAGGAAACGACCGAUGCAAAUUCAGAUGAUAAUCAGAGGUUAUUAGAUGAAAUUAUGAGUUAUGAACUAAACGUUGGUGCAAAAAUAGACAAGGGUCUAUUGUGGCAUAUGAAGCUGGGUCACAAAUCCUUGAAGUACUUAAAACAACUUCAGAAAUCAGAGGCAAUACUAUCAGAUGUACAUUUUAAAGACAAUAUACUGGAUUGUGAGGUGUGCAAACUGGCAAAGAUGGAAAGAUUACCAUCUCCCGAAAUCAGAGUUAGAGCAACGAAACCAUUAGAGAGGUUGCACGUCGAUACGAUGGGACCAAUAAAGCCAGAGUCGUAUCCAGGAGGCAACAAAUUCAUAGUGGUCAUAGUCGACGAUUACACCAAGUAUUCAAAGGCGUACUCCGCCAAGACCAAGGAUCAGGCUGGAGAAUGCUUAGAGGAGUUCCUCAAACAUACGAGGAACAUUUUAGGCAAAAACGAGAAGGUCUGCUACGUCAGGUCGGACAAUGGAACGGAGUUUACCGGGGGACAUUUUUCAGAAGUUGUAAAAAGUGAAAAUGCAGAGAAUGAGUUUUCACCCCCGCAUACUCCAGAGUUAAACGGAACUGCAGAGAGAUUUAAUAAGACUCUGCAGUGGCUAAUCAGAGCACUCAUGAUAGACUCGGGACUUCCCAAAAGUAUGUGGUCGUUGGCAUCAGACGUUGCCACAAAUGUCUACAAUAGGACACCACACUCGGGAAUAAACUUCGAGACACCUCUUCAGAGAAUGGAUCAAAGGCUUAAAUCCCAUAUUGACAAAAUCAGACGUUUUGGUUGCUUGGCAUAUACAAGAGUGCCAAUCCCAGAGUCAAAAUUUUCAGAGAGAGCAGUCAAGACUGUACUGGUAGGUUAUACCAAGUCGGGUUACAUACUCUGGCAAUAUGAGACCGGCAAGUUUGUUAUCUCCAGGCACGCGAAAUUCAAUGAAAAGAUUGUGUACAGAGACAUAAAGAAUAUUAGGAAGUUUUCACAGGAAAGUAAUCACAGCAAGAACUUUGAAAGCCAUUUAGAGUUUGAAUCAGAAAAAAAAGACUUAGAGACACAGAAUAUUCCAGAAGAAACUGUGAAACCUCACAGAGGCAGACCAAAGAAAAGAAGAGAAACUCAGACGAUUGACUGCAAAUAA